UUGAGAUUGUGUUGUGUCAGUUUUCGCGAGUCUUCUGUUUGUAUUGUGUAGAACUUUCGUUUCUUUUGUCCUGCUUCAAAUUUUCUUUGUUUGCUAUUUGUGCAAUGUUUUAAUUAAAUUCGUGUAUUAGUACUUCAGUGCAGAUUGUUUUAGUACUGUGUAGUUAUCUCAUAUUGCAGUAAAUGGAUAUGUAAAUUGAAGUGCAGGACUCCUAUCAGGGUUUCUGACGGAGCUUGCUACAGAGGAAUCAAAAGAAGAGUCAGCCAUGGCGGAGGUGGACCCAGAGACUCUGCUGGAGUGGCUCAAGAUGGGUCAGGGAGAUGAGAGGGACAUGCAGCUGAUUGCUCUAGAGCAGCUGUGUAUGUUGCUGCUCAUGUCGGACAAUGUCGACCGCUGCUUUGAAAGCUGUCCACCACGUUCGUUCCUGCCGGCCUUGUGUCAGAUCUUCCUGGACGAAUGUGCGCCAGACAACGUACUGGAGGUGACAGCUCGUGCCAUCACAUACUACCUGGACGUGAGUGCAGAGUGCACUCGGCGCAUCGUAGCUAUGGACGGCGCAGUCAAGGCCAUCUGCAAUAGGCUGGUGGUCGCCGAGGUGGCGUCUCGCACUAGCCGAGAUCUAGCAGAGCAGUGUAUAAAGGUGCUGGAGUUGAUAUGUUCCCGUGAGGCAGGCGCAGUGUUUGAAGCAGGCGGCUUAGCCUGCGUGUUGUCCUUCAUUCGCGACUACGCGUCUCGCGUACACAAAGAUACGCUACACUCUGCGAUGACCGUGGUGUCACGGUUAUGUACCAAGAUGGAGCCAGCGGACCCCACAUUACCCGCCUGUGUACAGGCUCUCUCUACACUACUGCGGCAUGAAGAUACACACGUAGCGGACGGAGCGCUCAGGUGCUUUGCUUCACUGUCGGACAGGUUUACAAGACGAGGAGUAGACCCUGCGCCACUUGCUGAGCAUGGUCUAGUCUCGGAGUUGUUGACUCGUCUGUCCAACGCCGCAGGGCCUUCGCAGACAACUGUGUCAGGACCAAGUACUCCUGGAGCCAACACAAGUACCAACACGACGGAGACUAAGUCUCCAGCAUCAGUGUCCACCAUCAUCAGUCUGUUGUCAACACUGUGUCGUGGAUCCCCCAGCAUAACACAUGAUUUGCUCAGGUCAGAGUUGCCUGAUGCUAUUGAGAAGGCCUUAAAAGGAGAUGAAAGGUGUGUGUUAGACACUAUGAGGUUGGUAGACCUGCUGCUGGUGUUGCUGUUUGAGGGCCGCAAAGCCCUGUCUCGAGGAGCCAGUGGAGGGGGAGCUAGUGGUCAGUUGCUGCCCAGACUGCGUAGGAUGGACUCUGCAGGGGAGAAGACUCAUCGUCAGCUCAUCGACUGUAUCCGCAGCAAAGACACCGACGCACUCAUCGAGGCUAUUGACACAGGAAUUGAAGUUAAUUUCAUGGAUGAUGUGGGUCAAACUCUGCUCAACUGGGCUUCAGCUUUCGGCACCCAGGAGAUGGUGGAGUUCCUCUGUGAGCGAGGCGCUGAUGUCAACAAAGUCAAACACAAUGGAAACCAUCUAACUGUCGCAUACUCAGGCCAGCGGUCGUCGUCGCUGCACUACGCCGCGUGUUUCGGCCGCCCAGCCAUAGCCAAGGUGUUGUUGCGCCACGGGGCCAACCCUGACCUCCGAGACGAAGACGGCAAGACUCCUCUCGACAAAGCCAGAGAGAGGGUGGACGAAGGGCAUCGAGAGGUAGCCGCCAUCUUGCAAUCCCCUGGUGAAUGGAUGCUGCCAGUAGACAAAGACAAGAAGCAGGACACUGUAGAAGCGGAAGAAAGCACUGAACCAAAGGGAGACCCGGAAAUGUCUCCUCUGUACCUACGAAGACUGUUACCAGUAUUUUGUAACACCUUCCAAUGCACAAUGCUCGCUAGUGUCAGGAAAGCGAGUUUAAGCCUGAUCAAGAAGAUGGUCCACUAUAUCCAGCCGUCGCUGUUGGUCGAGGCAUGUAGUCCUGAGUCAUCCACAUACAACCUCGGCACGAUGCUGGUGGAGGUGAUAGCCACCGUUCUGGACAAUGAGAUCACUUACAGUUGGCCGUGUAGCGUAGUGAACGUGGCAGCGGUCGACCCCAGGCCGUGCUGGGGCCGUCUGGUGCUCCGUUGGGACCCACACACCAAGUUUAUUAUCGAUAAAACAACGGAUGACGAAGACGGACAUCUUGUGGUUCUACAAAUCAUCGAAGACUUGAUGACCAAAGCCAAGGAUAUUUUCCUAGAUCAUUUUGCAAGGUUAGGAGUGUUCUCCAAGGUUCUUCAGUUGGCAGGACCGCAAGAGUCGUCCAUAAAUGAAACACAAUCCAUUUGCAAAAAAGACGACAUGGAGCAGUGUGAGCUGAUGGAGGAUACCAAGGAGAUGUUGCCAGGCAAGGCGUACCACUGGAGAGACUGGUGUCUGUGCCGUGGCCGAGACUGUCUCUACGUCUGGUCGGACGCUGCCGCGCUGGAGCUGUCCAAUGGCAGCAACGGAUGGUUCCGUUUCAUCCUUGACGGCAAGUUGGCCACCAUGUAUUCCUCUGGCAGUCCGGAAGGUGGAACUGACUCUACGGGGAAAACAAGGAACUCAGAAACCUUAGCUUCUGAUGAGAAUCGCGGAGAGUUCCUGGACAAGUUGCAACGUGCGAGGGCCCAAGUGAAGCCCAACUCUCCUAGUCAGCCGAUACUGUCUAAGCCGGGACAGUUGCGGAUAGUGGUGGGAAACUGGGCCUUGUCCAGCCACAAGGAAGGGGAACUCAUCAUACACAACUCUGAUGGCCAACAGCAAGCUACAAUCCUCAGAGAGGACUUGCCCGGUUUUAUCUUUGAGUCUAACCGAGGUACGAAACAUUCCUUCACUGCAGAAACUUCCCUUGGGCCUGAGUUUGCUGCAGGGUGGACUGGCAAGCGGGGGAAGAGGCUCAGAUCCAAGAUUGAGGCAAUGAAACAAAAGGUGAAAGUUCAGGCACAAGACAUUUACGACAAGUACUUCAAAGCAGCUCAAGCUCAACCUCGGGGAGUUGUCGCUAAACUGGGAGCCAUAGUCGCCCAGAUAGAACGAGCAUGCCAGAAACAAUACAUGAGCAACCGAGAGAACGGUUCAGGUUGGCGGGAGAUCCUGCAGAAUGCACUGCAGGAGCUGACAGGUCUGCUGCAAGAGGAGGGGCUGGUGUCGUCCUAUGAGAUACACAGCUCUGGUCUAGUACAGGCGCUGCUGUCUGUUGUGUCCACCAGCCCGUGGGACCAGGCGACUACGCCUACCAAGACAAACAAGCUGCAGAAACAACGGGUGUCCGUGUUCAAGAACUGCUUUAAGGACAAAGCUGGUGAGAAUGGUAAUGUCAACACUGCCAUGAUUCUUGUCCACAAGUUGGUGUCAGUGCUGGAGUCCAUAGAGAAGAUGCCAAUCUACUUGUAUGAUUCUCCAGGCUCCUGCUACGGGCUACAGAUACUCACUCGCAGACUGAGGUUUAGACUAGAGAAGGCAUCCAGUGAGUCGUCUCUGAUAGACAGGACUGGCCGAUCUCUCAAGAUGGAACCUCUGGCAACAGUCUCACAGCUGGAGAGAUACCUGCUCAAGAUGGUGGCCAAGCAGUGGUAUGACUACGAGCGAUCUUCGUUUGCGUUUGUCCGAAGACUCAAGGAACAAGGAACUCGUAUUACAUUCCGUCACCAACACGACUUUGAUGAUAACGGCCUGAUCUACUGGAUUGGCACCAAUGGAAAGACGUGUCCAGAAUGGGUAAACCCUGGCCAGUAUGGUCUGGUGGCAGUCAGUUCCUCCGACGGUCGAAACCUCCCCUACGGCAGAUUGGAGGAUAUCCUCAGUAGAGACUCGUCCGCGCUCAACUGUCACACCAAUGACGACAAACGUGCCUGGUUCAGUGUAGACCUGGGCGUGUGGCUAAUUCCAUCAAGCUAUACACUCCGUCACGCCAGAGGUUACGGACGGUCAGCACUACGUAACUGGCUCUUGCAGGUGUCUAAAGACGGCAGUAACUGGGUAACGUUGUACACUCACGUGGACGAUUGUUCACUCAAUGAGCCUGGCAGUACAGCGUCAUGGCCUUUGGAGCCUUCCACAGACGAGACGCAGGGCUACAGACACGUACGAAUACAGCAGACUGGCAAGAACUCAUCUGGACAAACACACUACCUCAGCAUGUCUGGACUAGAAAUAUACGGAACUGUCACUGGUGUCUGCGAGGAUCUUGGUAAAGCGGCCAAGGAGGCGGAGGCUAACCUACGCAAGCAGAGACGAAUGAUGCGCACCCAUGUACUGAAGCAGCUGGUGGUCGGAACCAGGGUGGUGAGAGGACUAGACUGGAAGUGGAGAGAUCAGGACGGCACGCCACCUGGCGAGGGAACUGUCACCGGGGAACUGCACAAUGGUUGGAUUGACGUUACUUGGGAUCACGGGGGUUCAAAUUCAUACCGAAUGGGUGCCGAGGGAAAAUACGAUUUGAAAUUAGCGUCAGACGCCGAUCCCAGUGCCACUAGCGCCAAGCCUGCAACACCGACAGGUAAGUGGUGUAAGAACUUCAACUCGAGCAAUGAGAGUAAGAGCAGUGUGUUGACGAGUCGCAAGUCCAGCUCAACUCCCAGUCUUCCAGACGCUACGGAGAAUCAGUCCAAGAACUCUGUGGCCAGCACGGAGCAAGCGGCCUCGGCAGACAACCUGGCCGCAAAGCAAGCCGCCCAGGCGCUGGCGGAGAGUGUGUUAUCAGUUGCGCGUGCCGAGGCCAUUGUAGCUGUCACCAAUGAGAGUCAAUGCUGCUCCACACCGGCCAAUGAACUGUCCGUCGUGGUCCACACAUUGAGAGACUCACACACCACGGCCAGUGACUUGGCCACCAUAGUAGAGACUCUAGCUCUGGAGGAGACUCAGAGACUCAACACUGGUAAUACUCAAGCAAAUAACCAGCCUCUGCAUAAAAGUGAAGAGAACAAAUCUGGUGCGUCAGAAAGCAGCAAGAACCCAUUGUCAUCUGGGAAAUCUCUCUUCAGAGCUAACAAGCUGGUGGGAUCGUCCAACUCCAUGCUGAGUGCGGAGGAGCAGUCAAUGUUGACUUUGUCUGACGCUGUCGAGGUGGUGGAUAAGAUGAGAGAAGGUGCUGAUCUGCUGAGGAACAACACCAACAGCUACCUCAGCGGUGAACUGGUGGCCAACUGUCUACUGGCCAACAACUCUACCACGUCAGCCAAGAAAUCCGAAAGAGAAAACAAAGAGCAGAAAGAUAACGGACGGGGUCCGUCGUCUAUGAGUGUGAGCGUUCCCAACUUAGCUUCCGCUACCAACUCCUCCUCCAUGGAACAGUCUAAUCCAGCUGGGUUGUUGGAGACGUUCGCGGCGAUGGCUCGGCGACGGACAAGCAACACACAGAUAGGCAGAGUGGAGGGUAACCACCCUUCUCCCUCGACACACACACCCGCAACAUCAUCACCAUCUAGCGCUGUGUUCCCCCGCGCGCCUAGUAGUGUCACCAGCCUGGUACGGCUGGCGCUGUCGUCAAAUUUCCCAGGUGGACUGCUCAGCACUGCCCAGAGUUACCCCAGUUUGACGUCCAGUGGACCUACAGGUACCAGUUGUGGUAUUUCCACCACGGCUACUAGCGGCCCUCAGUGUCUCAGCCAGGCUCUCACCAUGAGUCUCACUUCUACCAGCAGCGACAGCGAGCAAGUCAGUUUAGAGGAUUUCCUAGAAAGCUGUAGAGCGCCGACACUUCUAGCAGAGUUGGAAGAUGAUGAUGAACUUCCCGAUGAAGAUGAGAACGAUGAUGAGAAUGAAGAUGACGAUGAUGACUAUGAAGAGGUCAUGGUUAGCAGAAACUUGCUCUCCUUCAUGGAGGAGGAAGGGUACGAGUCUCGCAACGCCGGAGGCAGCUCCAGUGGUGGUGGAGGGGGUAAGAGACGCUCGUGGGAUGACGAGUAUGUGUUGAAGCGUCAGUUCUCAGCCCUCAUACCUGCGUUUGACCCCCGACCCGGCCGCACCAAUGUCAAUCAGACAACAGACCUAGAAAUUCCUGCGCCAGGAGGUGAAGAAGAAAGCACCUCAAGUACUGCGGCGAGCGAUGCCACUCCACAACCCAGACUGCAACUCACUCUGCGAGGACCUAACAUUCCAGGGGUGCAAGACGUAGAGAUUGCCCUCACUGACCCCAACUGGACUAUAUUCCACGCUGUCCAAGAACUGAUACAACUGGCCGACCUGGGUAGUCGACAGGAGAAGUUGAGAAGGAUAUGGGAGCCAACUUAUACAAUCAUCUACCGAGAGCAGAAGGAGAGUGUGGAGGAGGGAGGCGACUCUACGCCUGUAGCAUCUCUCAUGUCUCACACACACGCCUGUGCCUCCAGUGUCAUGUCACCUGCCACACCUGUGCCGUCGUCGUCCUGUACUGUGGAGGAUGUACUGCAGCUGAUGCGACACCUCUACGUCAUCAGGGACAGGAAACAUCACUUCGACGUAGACACCAACGAGGGCCCUAUCACUCCAGAGGAGUUCACCAGCAAGAAGAUCACCAACAAGCUGGUACAGCAGAUACAAGAGCCACUCGUACUGAGCUCUGGAGCACUGCCUGCUUGGUGUGAGGAACUCAACCACUCAUGUCCGUUCUUGUUCCCGUUUGAGACACGACAUUUGUACUUCAGCUGCACUGCAUUUGGCGCGUCCAGGUCCAUCGUGUGGCUGCAGACUCAGAGAGAUGUCACUCUUGAGAGACAAAGAGGUCCUGGCUUAUCCCCCAGGAGGGACGACCCUCACGAGUUCCGUGUCGGGCGACUCAAGCAUGAGAGGGUCAAGGUACCCAGGGGCGACCAGCUGUUACCUUGGGCAGUGCAGGUCAUGAAGGUGCAUGCGGACAGGAAGAGUAUACUGGAGGUGGAGUUCCAAGGAGAGGAAGGCACGGGUCUAGGACCCACAUUGGAGUUCUAUGCCCUGGUUGCUGCUGAACUACAGAGGAAAGACUUAGGAAUGUGGCUGUGUGAUGAUGAAGUGACGGAACGUAGCUCUGGGCUGGACCUGGGCGAGGGGGUGAAACCUCCCGGAUACUACGUCCGUCGACCUGCAGGACUGUUCCCAGCGCCACUACCGCAGGACUCACCUGCUGCUGACAGAGCAGUGCAGUACUUCUGGUUUCUAGGAGUAUUCUUGGCCAAAGUGCUGCAAGACAACAGACUUGUAGAUCUGCCAUUGAGUCCUGCCUUCCUCAAACUGCUGUGUCAGGGAGAAGUAGUCAACAACAUUAAUGAAAGAAUCGGACUGUUGCCCAGGAGUAGGAGUAUUAUUACUGAUGAAGACCUUAUGAUGUCUUCACUGAUCUCAGAAGAAAGUGAAAAGGAACUUGAACUUGACCCUCCCAAGAUUUGUAUAGAAGAAACUAAACCUUGGUUCAGUGGUAUCCUGGCUGUGGAGGACUUGUACGAGGUAGACCCGGAGAGAGGCAGGUUCCUGAGGGAACUACGGGAGUUGGUCGUUCGCAAACAGAGGAUAGCUCAAGAUAACACACUCUCACCGGAGACUAGAGCACGUCAGAUCCAGAACCUGUCGCUGGUGUCCAGUGAUGGCAGCAGACUGGAAGAUCUAAUGAUUACCUUCAAUUAUCUGCCUGGCAGUAAAGUCUAUGGCUUCAAUUCUGUAGAUCUCGUCAACAACGGAAGUGAUAUUGAGGUUGGCUUGGACAACUUGGAGGAAUAUCUUGAACUGACAACUCAGUUUAUCCUAGAGACAGGAAUCACAAGACAAAUGGAAGCACUGAGAGCUGGCUUCAACCAGGUGUUCCCUCUUCGUAAGCUGCAUGCCUUCACCCCUUCAGAGGUGAGGGUGAUGCUGUGUGGAGACCAGAACCCUCAAUGGACCAGGGAGGACCUGCUCAACUACACGGAGCCUAAACUGGGUUACACCAAAGACAGCCCUGGUUUCCUGAGGUUUGUCAACGUGUUGGUCAACAUGACAGGAGAAGAGCGCAAGGCAUUCCUUCAGUUCACUACAGGGUGUUCGUCCCUACCUCCGGGUGGGUUAGCCAACCUCUACCCAAGACUGACUGUUGUACGAAAGGUGGAUGCUGGCCAGGGUAGCUACCCCUCUGUCAACACUUGUGUCCACUACCUCAAACUACCAGACUACCCUACAGAGCAGCUACUCAAGGAGAGGUUACUCACAGCCACCCGAGAGAAGGGAUUCCACCUUAACUAACUCUGUUGUACAAAGAAAAUUACAAUUUGUAUAUAAUAUUUUAGCAUCAAUAAUGCAACUUAUUAAAUUCAAAACUAUAUUCGUCUUUUGUAAGGAAAUACUACCUUUCUUUGCUCUUUUCAACUCGGUGUAAGAUGUUUAAUUUGGAUUGUUUAGCGUAAAGAAGUUCCUCCUGUGAUUUAUUUCUGUCAAAAUAUAUAGUUUUUCUUACAGUUCAUUUUUUGUACAGCGAGAUAGGUACAGUAUAGGUUUAACGCUUAAUCAUCUACAAUUUACGCUUCGGUUUUCUAUAAGUUUUUCGUUUUUAUCCUUGUGCCUUAACCCCGCACUCGCAGUUCUGUUGACACUUCUCUGUAAAUAGUUUUUACUUUAAGAUUUAGGCUAAGUUUGCCGCUCUCUGGGUGGUGUUCGAUGUAGUAGGCCUAGUAACAAAUGUUAGUCCAUUCACUUCCUGUGUGAGGGUCUGCAGUUUGUUGUGCGUCGAAAAUUGUGAUCUACUUAUGGCUAAAUCCUAUCUCACUUUAAGAUAUAGAGUCAUAUGUAUAAGGAGAAAUUAUAAGUUGAAUAAAGCUAUUACAAUUAUUAAGUACAAA